UCAAGGUUGGACAGAUUAAACAGAUUAUUACAGAACUAUUUAAAUUAAAUGCAAGACAACCAGGCUGAACAACCAGGCAAAAGACCAGAUCGCCGUGCAGCCGCGUUCCAGGGAAACAGGGUUCUACAGACGUAUGUGCUGCGGCUGGCAUAGGAUGCAGCUGGUUGUCAUGGCAGCGGUCCUGGCACUGGCGGGGGUGGGGAGAAGCUGCCACUUUGGCUGCCAUCCCAUCAACAUCAGCAUUGAGGUGGAGAGCUGCGGCAUGUACGAGCUCAUCUACACCACAAUCUGUGCAGGCCAGUGUGCCAACGAGGAUCCGGUCUACAUUGGACAUGACGACUGGCCCAGACAGACUAUCUGCAAUGGAGACUGGUCCUAUGAGGUGACGCACAUCAAAGGCUGUCUGGUGGCCGUCAGCUACCCGGUGGCCCGAAACUGCAGGUGCACCGGAUGUGACACAGGAAACACGUACUGUGGCCACUUCUACGGCGACAUGCACAACUGUCUGUCCCUUUAUUGAAGAACAAGACCAAUGUCAAAACCUCCUACUUACGUCCAUUAAAGCACUUCCUGCUUGAUC